AUGCCGUCAGACAGAUGGAAACCUCGACGCAAUCCAGAAGCUGACCGGGAUUCGGCUUCAACACACCACAACACCCAUUCGGACAGACACGGCGAAUCGUCCAGAACAUCAGCAGCGGACCGAGACGAUGACCGCUCCGACUUUCCGAACAAACAGCGUCGACUCGACGAUCGCGACAGGGACGGGCGACGCUCUGCGCUCACUGCACACGAUCAAAACGACGACCGACCCGGACCUUCCUCGCCUCGUCGCACAGACAACGCCCGCGACACCGCCAAGCCUCCCGCUUUGACGAUUCGAGGCGUGGCCACAAAUCACAAUACCUCCUCUCCUGCUCACAACACGCCGCCCAACGAAAAUGAAGACAGACCACGACGAGCUCGUAGCCCAGAUCUCUUCGACCGCCUCGCCCGCCGACACGACGACGCCAAAGGAUCAAAUCGGUCCCGCCCGGAAAGCUCCCUGCGCUCUCGACUCGAAGAUGACACUGGCCGAGCCGCUGCUGCAUCAGAUACCUCGAGACGUGGCGGCGCAAAGCUCGCACCACGAGGUCAGUACGACGACACCGGUCGACGCAUAGACGAUGCCCCGACGACUCACAAUGGCACAAGAGAUCGCAACCGCGCUUCUGGUGCUCGUGAUGGCAUUCCCACCUCGCCACGUAAGCACGAUGGAGGUGUUCGAAGACCUCGUGAUCGCUCUGCUUCACCAAAGGUGGAUCGUCCACGCUAUCGAGCUGCUGCUGAUGAUGAGCAAGAUGCACGCUUCCGUGAUAGCCAAUCAUCCCGCAAUGACCGUGCCCGCACCUCGCAGCGCUCACCUAGCCCAGCAUCGAGCUCCACAGGGAGAGCGCAGUGGAGUCGAUACGACCGGCGAAGAUCACCGCCGCCACGUUCGCGCGACCGGUAUGUACCACAGGAGAGCAACGCCCCCGCAGCAACAGGUACUUCUCGUGCGGCGAGAUGGGGUUCCCGAGGGCCGGCAGGCGGUGGCGACCGAGACAAUACGGAAGACGCAACAACCCGCAGACGUCGCACACCCUCCCCCGCACGGUCCGAAGCCUCCAUCCAGUCACGCAGGCGGGACCGUGAUUCGGGACCGUCGCAAGGCCGCACCGCACGAGAUCGGGACGACGGACGCGAAGCCGAGCGUCAUGAUCGCCAGCGUGAUCGACCUGCACGAUGGAGGCUUGACAAUCAUGAGCGUGACAACAACGACAGCUCACGCUUCCAGAGAGACCGGGACCGCGAUGCCAACGACAGAGCCGACGAUGGGAACAGGCGAGAACUAGCCCGAGAGCGCAGGAGGUCACCCAAUAAUCGCCGCGCUCGAACACCGCCCAGGGUUGAGCGUUCAGGAGAGACAGCAGAGCAGGGUCAUGUGUUGUCACGCAAGACGGGUGUCAGUGCGACUUUUGGCGCCCAGCCGCCCACUGGGCCUCGAAGGCAGGAACUCGAGGCGGACCAGCGCAGCGUGCGCGGAGGAGGCUGGCAGACGCUGCGUCCUGGCUCUCGACGCGAACGUGACGCGGCAAGAGCGGACGACCGAGGUGCUGGAGCUCGGAACGGUCGUGAAGGAGGUACAGCCGGCGGAAAGGAGACACCACAACCACCGCAGAUGCCCUCUCCAGAACUGGCAGCAGCAGCCGAAGCACCAGCAGCGGCGAUCGAACCGCCACGAGCCGAGCCGGGCGAGGCAUACGAGAGCAUCCACCAAGUGGGCGAAGGCACCUACGGUCAAGUCUUCAAGGCUCGCUCCGAACGAACAGGCGCCAUCGUAGCGUUGAAAAAGAUCCGCAUGGAUAGCGAGAAGGACGGCUUCCCGGUGACUGCCAUGCGCGAGAUCAAGCUGCUGCAAGCCUUGCGUCAUGAAAACGUCGUACGUCUGCACGAGAUGAUGGUUACCCGCGGCUCGAUCUACAUGGUGUUCGAAUACAUGGAGCACGAUCUCAACGGCAUCCUAGCACAUCCACAAGUCCAGUUCAGCGCAGCACACCUCAAGUCAUUGGCGCAGCAACUGUUCGCCGGUCUCGACUACCUGCAUCGCAAAGCGGUUCUGCAUCGCGAUCUCAAGGGGUCGAAUAUCUUGCUCAACAACCAAGGGCGACUCAAGCUGGCCGAUUUCGGGCUGGCGCGCUUCUACGCAAAACGCCGGUUGGGCGACUAUACGAAUCGAGUGGUAACGCUGUGGUAUCGACCGCCCGAGCUGCUGUUCGGGGAGACGCAGUAUGGGUCGGAGGUGGACAUGUGGGGAGCGGGGUGCAUCUUUCUCGAGCUGUUUGUCAAGAAGCCUGUGUUCCAGAGCGAGACGGAAUUGGGACAGGUGCACGCGAUCACUGACAUCCUUGGGCCGGUGACCAAGGCCAAUUGGCCCGAAGUGGACAAGCUUGCAUGGUUCGAGAUGGUCAAACCUGCCGCUGCUGUCACCGAUGAAGCAGAGUCGAUCAAGGACUACGUGGGAGCAGCGUUUGGCAAGUACCUCGACGAUUCGGCGCUCGAGGUAGCACGUGGACUGCUGACGUACGACCCCAGGAAGCGUUGGACGGCCAAGCAGGCGCUCGCGUCUGAUUACUUUCACAAGUCGCCAAAGGCCGAGCUGCCGGCCGGGCUGCUGUCGGCGUUGGACGGAGAGUGGCACGAGUACGAGUCGAGGAGGGAGAAGAGAAAGGCUUCUGCUCAUCGGGGUACGGACAAUGCUGCUGCUGUGGUGGCAACGGCAACGGCUCAGUCGACGGAUCCGCCGGCUCCGGGGGCGAGCGGUGCGUCUGGACGCGAGCAGCUGGACGUUGCCACUUGA